UUUUAACCCAAACAGGGUUUACUAAAAAAACAAAUCAACAAAUAUAUUGUCGCAAUAAGAUUACUCACGGAGCGCAAAAGUGAUGAUACCUUUCAGAGUAAACGGGCAACGCUCGGCAAUGACGGAGACGCGGAGUCCCGUUAAAAACGGCCCCUCAUUCCCCUCAUUCCCCUCAUCGCCAACCUGCCGUAUUAUUUUAUAAUACAGAAGGAUCCUCCCUCCGCCCGAAUCGUCUCCUUUCCCUUUUCUCUUCUUCUCCCCACACAUUCGUCUCCCAUUCACCAUCUUAAUAUCUAAUACAGCGACACUAUGUCCGUCACAACGAAAGCCACAAUCGCCUCUUUCGGCGGCAAAUUGCUGAAACUCAGCCAUGCCGCCAAAUCCACCAAGUGCGAGAUGAACUUCAACCUCUACCUGCCGCCGCAGGCCGCGACGCAGAAGGUCCCUGUGUUGAUCUAUCUGUCUGGAUUGACUUGUACAGCCGACAACUGCUCCGAGAAGGGAUUCUUCCAGCACGGUGCGAGCAAAAAGGGAAUCGCAGUGCUGUACCCGGACACCAGCCCCAGAGGACUGGAAGUUCCGGGGGAGAAUGAUGCGUGGGACUUUGGUACCGGCGCCGGCUUCUAUGUCAAUGCUACCAAGGCACCGUACGACAACGGAUACAACAUGUACAGCUAUGUAACCGAGGAGUUGCCUCAAACUGUCUUUGCUGCUUUCUCGCAGCUGGAUUCGAGCCGGGUUAGCAUCACUGGCCACAGUAUGGGUGGCCACGGUGCUCUUACUUUGUUCCUCCGUAACCCCGGCAAGUACAAGUCGGUGUCCGCCUUUGCGCCCAUCUCCAACCCCAUCAACUGCCCCUGGGGCCAGAAGGCAUUCUCCGGAUACCUGGGCGAUGACCAGCAGAAGUGGAAGGAGCACGAUGCGACCGAGCUCAUCAAGCAGUGGAAGGGCCCGCUGGAUGUACUCAUCGAUGUGGGAACUGGCGACAACUUCUACAAGCAGGGCCAGCUUCUCCCCGAGAACCUGGAGAAGGCCGCCAAGGAGGCCGGCGUCGAGGGCGUCAAGGUCCGCUACCAGCCCGAUUACGACCACAGUUACUUCACGAUGGCGACCUUCUCGGAUGACCACGUCGAGCAUGCCGCCAAGUACCUUCUCCAAUAAGUCGAAAUAUUAUAUAACCCCUGCGAAUCGCUUGUUGUGCGCAUGUGUACUUUCUGUUGGCUUUUUCUGAUAGUGGUUAAGCGAUUGGCAGGCCAAAUCAAUGAUAUGAGGAAUGAAUAUAUACAAGGAUCCUUAAGGGAGAAAAUGUGAAUGUGUAGGUAGACGAGACAUUCCCCGUAGUCAGCA